ACCUGCAGCUCCUUAUUAAGGCUCUACCUGCCUGCUCUGCUUUCAGAGGCUCUGCAUCUUCCUACCAACAAGCUUAGAGAGCGUUCCCCUUCCCCGAUGAGAGACUUCCUCAUCCCCAGCCCCCUCCCCACACGCAGGAACAGGACCUUCUCAGCCUCUGCCCGCGCCUCUGAGGGCCCCGUGUAUUCUGGCGUGUGUAAAUGUUUCUCCCGCUCCAAAGGCCACGGUUUCAUCACGCCAUCAGACGGAGGCAGCGACAUCUUCGUCCACAUCUCAGACAUUGAGGGUGAGUAUGUUCCAGUGGAAGGAGACGAAGUGACCUACAAGCUCUGCCACAUCCCUCCUAAACAUGAGAAGGUCCAGGCCGUGGAGGUGAACAUCGUCCAUCUGAAGCCAGGAAGCAAGCAUGAGACCUGGGGGGGGCACAUCAUCACCAGCUGAGCACCUCACUGAGGGGGCGGAGUCAGGGGGGGAGAUAAUGUCUGCAGAAUUUAAAGGGGGGGGUGAUGGAUAUGAUGAGAUUCCAGUUUAAAUCCCAACCGUCUCAUAAUCAUCUAGUUUUGCAGUGUGAGCAGCCGCCGGUUGCCCCCGGCGACUCGCCCAAUCCUGGACAGAACCGGGUUUUCUUUGGUAGGAUCUGCGUCUUGGACUGCAGACAUCUUUAUUCCUGUUAAUCGUCACCGCGGUGCAUUUACAGAGUUUAGAGCAUAAAGCUGCAGCCUGUCAGUGUUUCUGAGGAUGGAAAACUGAUCUGGGUUCAGCUCAUCUGUGUGCCUCCAUUCUUCAGCCUGUAAUCUCUACUUGAUCAUAUUUGGGAGAAAUAAAGGAUUUUCAACAGA